AUGACUAUAAAGCGCAUCCACAGGGAGGUCGCAGAUGCCAAGAAGGAGGACCUAGGCCCCAUUACCCUCGCACCCUACACCGACAACCUCUUUCGCUGGGCAGGUACCAUCCCUGGACCCCAAGGGAGCCCGUAUGAAGGUGGCGUAUUCAACGUCAAUAUUCUACUGGCCAACGACUAUCCUUUCUCAGCGCCAAAGGUCACCUUUGUAACUCGGAUAUACCACAUGAAUAUAUCGGACAAGGGUAACAUAUGCAUCGAUAUUCUCAAACAGAACUGGUCACCUGCAUUGUCCCUCUUCAAGGUCAUGCUCUCCCUCUCAUCCCUUCUUACUGAUCCUAAUCCACAAGAUCCUCUCGUUCCCUCGAUCGCAACCGAGUAUGUUCGGAAUCGCGUACAGCACGACCGCACGGCCCGGAGGUGGACAGAACUGUAUGCCCAAUCACCCGCAUCUACGCCUGCGCCUACACCGACACCCAUCGCAUCAACGUCUACGUUCACCACCUGCGUCCCCGCAUCCACAUCUACAUCUACACCCACAACCUCAACCUCUACAACUCAAGCUUCCGGAUCACGCAAGGGCAAAUCACGUGCCCUAACUAAUCAACCUGCGCGUGGCUCGGGCUCGUCGAAUGUUCUCGCUGAGACAAUUGAUAUUUCUGACUCCGACGACGAGUUAUUGCGACUACCCCUUACGCGCAAACGUCCACGCGGCGCCUCCAAUGAAGUGGACAUCGAUCUUGUGGAGGCAGACCGGCGUGCAACCAGACGCCGGCGCGCAGGGCGCGGUGGGAGUGUGGUUCCGAAUGUCUCUAGAGGCUCCAGAAGAAGUGAGAGUACUGCGGGAGCUGGGGAAGUCAUUAUCAUUGAUGAUUAG